CUCAGUGAGGCGGGGCGCGCGUCGGACGCCCCGGGCCAGGGGCGGGAGUGGUGGAGGAGCCGGGCAGUUGACUGUGAAGGGUUGGUGAGCGAGCUGCUCCGGUCUCUAGGCGAGGCUUGGCCUCCUGAGGAGAGACGGGGGGAAGCGGCGGCGACGGCGGCCCUCGGGCCGGCUGGUGAGGCGAUGGCGGCGCCGGCCUCAGGGGCUGGGGCAGUCUCGGGCGCUGCUGGCUGUAGCGGUGGCGGCGCAGGCGCGGGCGCGGGCUCCGGCGCGAGCUGCGGGUCCUCGGGGGUCGGGGGGCGGCUACCCAGCCGGGUGCUGGAGUUGGUGUUCUCCUACCUGGAGCUGUCCGAGCUGCGGAGCUGCGCCCUGGUGUGCAAGCACUGGUACCGCUGCCUGCACGGCGAUGAGAACAGCGAGGUGUGGCGGAGCCUGUGCGCCCGCAGCCUGGCCGAAGAGGCUCUGCGCACGGACAUCCUCUGCAAUCUGCCCAGCUACAAGGCCAAGGUACGUGCUUUCCAACAUGCCUUCAGCACUAAUGACUGCUCCAGGAAUGUCUACAUUAAGAAGAAUGGCUUUACUUUGCAUCGAAACCCCAUCGCACAAAGCACUGAUGGUGCAAGGACCAAGAUUGGUUUCAGUGAGGGCCGCCAUGCAUGGGAAGUAUGGUGGGAGGGCCCUCUGGGCACUGUGGCAGUGAUUGGAAUUGCCACAAAACGGGCCCCAAUGCAAUGCCAGGGUUAUGUGGCAUUACUGGGCAGUGAUGACCAGAGCUGGGGCUGGAAUCUGGUGGACAAUAAUCUACUACAUAAUGGGGAAGUCAAUGGCAGUUUUCCACAGUGCAACAAUGCACCAAAAUAUCAGAUAGGAGAAAGAAUUCGAGUCAUCUUGGACAUGGAAGAUAAGACUUUAGCUUUUGAACGUGGAUAUGAGUUCCUGGGGGUUGCCUUUAGAGGACUUCCAAAGGCUUGCUUAUAUCCAGCAGUGUCUGCUGUAUAUGGCAACACAGAAGUGACUUUGGUUUACCUUGGGAAACCUUUGGAUGGAUGACAGUGGCUUUCUUGGGAUGAAAGACUGAAUGGAGGAGAGAUCUGCUUAUGGAAAGUAGAAUCAUGAAGUGACAGUGUCAUACAUGCAUGUCCAAGAAACAUCCUGAAAAAAACACAUGAAAUUGUAAACCGGAGAAGCAACUCUACAGCAGUGAUUAUCUUAGUGUUUCUUCUUUCUACCGGGUCAGAAAAAUCCUCAGGGUUGCUGUUGGUUGAGUAGGAAGUUGGCAUAUGCAUGUUGCAACAGAAUUUUUCUCCAAAUUCGCAAUAUGUUAUUUCCAACUUAAAGGUGAGAUUUUAGAGAUGCCGUAAAAGGGAUAAGAUAAGGAUGUAACAAGAUUUUUAAGCAGUUUGUAAAGAAAAACUGAUCCCAUUUUACAACUGUCCGUUCUUUCUCCAAUCCCUUUUUUCCAGCCAGCUUGACUAUUAGAAGAGUAUGAAACUGGUUGGGUUUUAUUUAAUAUUUUUAAUAUAUUGAGAAGCAUGGUCUUCCUGGACUGCACUUCUCUAACAAUGAGUUAUAAAAUUGUGCAGCUAUUUUAAAAGUUGUAUAUACUAUAUGUAUGUUUUAAAAAAAUGUAAAAAAAAAAAGGGGGGGAACAAAGGAGUUGCUUUGUUCUAGUUCAAUCUCUUAAAAACCACUACAUGGUACAGAAUUAGAAUAACAUUUGGGGGCAAUUGGAUAACUACAAAGGAGAGGAUUUUAAAAGGAGAUAUGUUGUAUUGGCUCAUUUUGUAUUACAUUUGGCUUACAGUUUCCAUAGCUAUUGCAGUCUGACUUCUUUUUUUUUUUUAAACAAUCAAAAUUAUAGUAAAGAUACCCUCAAUCUCCUGGCUAAAGAUUGAGGGAAGGCAAAUCUGUUUCUAAUUAUAUCAAUAAGGAUCAUCUAAACAUAAUAAUAAUAAUAGGCAUCUUUUAGUAUCUGGUUUUAUUUUUUGGCCUUUAGAGAAAAGUGUCUCGUAACAACAUAAAACAUUGCCAUUUACUCUUAUAGGCCUCAAAUAUGAAAGCUAUUAGUCAUAGACCCUAAGAAAAGACUUGAUUAGUGGCCCUUUUAUUUUGUAAUUUUAUAAUGCAGUAGAUAUUAUCAAAAAAAUUUUCUGAUUCCGUAUUGUUUACAUCAUGCAACAGUCUAAGCCUUGAACCCUCCAUUGGGGCUAUCAAGUAAAUGUUUACUCACCCACCUGAAGUCGUGCCAGCCUGAAUCCAGGUUAAGAAUGUUCUUAAUCUCAUUAUAGGUAAUUGCCCCCAUGGGACUUGAAAUAUAACACACAUAACACCUUAUGCUGAAAACUUCAGGUUGGCAACAUUUUGAAGAUUUCAUUGUAGACGAGUUUAACAUUAAUUCCUAUUCUGAAUUUUUGACUGAUAAAUCGGCUUGCACUUCACUAAUAUUACUCCAAUAUUACUCCAACACACAUGAGCUGAGAUUUUCUUUUGUUAGAAGAGAAACAAACAUCAUCUUUCUGUAUGAAAGUAUAAAUUGUAUGGUUUCAAAUACAUCUUUGUGAUAAGAAGUGACUAAGGCAAGUGGAAUCUUUGUACUUUUUAGGUUAUUACUGUAUGUAUAUUUUGUUUUAAAUCUAAUAAAGUUAGGGUCAGCAAGCAGCUGGCUGGGGUUCUUGGGUUGUUCCUUGAGAGUUGAGAUUAUCAGUACUCCUAUGAAACAGAGGAUUUCAGCCAUAGAACAAAGAUAUGUUACUCUGGCCACCUGAAAGGCUUACAAGUAUUUAUUGUGUAUUUGGUAUGUUGCUUGAAGGUAAAAUCUGUUAAAGAUUCUUUUUGGCUAUUCAUAUCAAGAGAAAGCUUCUGGAAACUAUAUUUAAGUAGUACAGAGUGAAAUAAUGUAUUAGAGAAUAUAGCUGCUACAGAAACUGAUUUUUCUUUGUGAUAAAAGAACUCAAUUUGGCAAAAGUUUAAAAUUUGGUUAAAGAAAAGAACUGGUUCAGGUUGAAGAUUGACUAAUUAGAAAACUGUAAAGUCCGUUAGGUACUUGUUUCGUUUUCAAGUUGCAAUAUUGACAAUUCUAAGAGUGUUUGCUGAGAGUUUUGUUUAUAUCUUUUGUUUUGUCUUAUUAGUAAACAUUCCUUUGCCACAAAGUUUUGAAGGUGCUGAAUAGGAGAUAGAAACACAUAAUUAAGGCGUAUUGAACCUAGAAUCAGUAAUUGCCUAACUAUCUAACAGGUCAUUCUUAUCUUAGCGAUUUAAAUUUUCUAAUAUCCCACUUGAAAACUUUAUAAAACAGAGGUGCAUAGUUAGAAUAAGCAGCAGAAGAGUGAAGAGCCUUCAUUUAUAACUGAUAAAAUAAUUUAUUACUGGAGACUAAAUAAAUAGUACAGAAUAUUAAAACAAACUGCUACAACAUUCAAGGAAAUGGAAUCUCUUCUUUUCAUUAUUGCUAAGAUAGCAUUUAGGUAGAAAACAGUUGCACCUGAAGAUUGACCAUAAAUCAUCUAAACCAAUGAUUCUCAACCUUAGCUGUACUAUGGAGCGUGUGCACUUUAAGAAAUAUUGAUACUUGGGUCCUGUACCUUGAGAUUCUGGUAUUGGUCUGGGAUAUGACCUGGCCAUGAGGAUUUUUUUUAAAACUUCCUAUCUGAUUUCAGUAUGCUGCUAAGGUUGAGAACCACAGAUUUAAAAUUCACCUAAAGUUUUCUCAUCUGCAAAAUAGGAAAAAAUCCUUGUUCCCUCCCUUCACUACCUCAGAAGGAUAUUGAGGCUAAUGGAGAAAAUAAUGGGAAAGUGCUUGUUGUGCUAUUAAUAGGCAAAAUAGUGUUUGUUGUGUUUAGACAAGUUAUGAUCAGGGAAAAAUGUGUAAUUGAAUUUGCUUUGUUGAUUGGGAAACCAGGAGCACUCUCUUUCGUUCUUCAGUGAAGCAUGCAGAUGUGGAAGGAAACAUUACUAUUACCAUUAAUUCGUAUUAUGUUCUGUUUUAAUUAUCUGAUUUUACAUAGGAAAGAAAAAAUAUUAAGACUUGAAGUCUGUAAUGGUUAAUUGCCCCUAAUUGAUUAAAACUUUUCCUACAAAGAAUUCUGUGAUUAAUAGAUGCCAUUUCAUAGUUGCCAUUAUAUUUUUAUUAUCUUUUGAAUGUUAAACCCUCUAUCGCAUUCUUUCUCAUGUUCAGAUAUAGAUUUGGUAAAGCACUUAAAGCAAGUAAAUUUUGCCCAGUUGAAUGUAUAAUGAAGUCAUAACUCAAUGAUUAGACAUCUUCUGCCUUUUAGAUAUGAUUUGACUGGAGAAAGAGAGUUUCAAAAAUAAUAGGCCCUACACCGUAUAGAAGCUUUAUUACAUUAUAAUUCACUUUUAAUUAAGUCCCCAAAUUACUAUCUAUAUAGAUACUAUAUUAUUAUAUACAAUAUACUGUCUAUAUAUUAAUAUUUUGUUGAUUUUUUUUAAAUGACUAGUUUGUAGAGAUAGAAACAUAAGGGGUGUUCAAGAUUAGAAUUGAUACUACUUUUCAAAAAAUUGAGACCACCGCAAUUGGGGCCAUUUUGAAGCCUUUAUUAGGAAAAAAGAGUCCAUACCCAGCCCAAAUUGCUGUCCUCAUAAAGCAUUCCUUCCUCUAGCUGAAUGUAAUCUCUCUUUCCUUGAAAUGUCCCUAUCUUUAUAUUUUAUCUAUACUUCUCAUACUGUAUUUAUACCUUAUAUAAAAUUAUAUUUAUUGAUUA